GGCGGCGGGCGGGCGGGCGCCAUGGCGGAGGUGGGGCGCUGAGAGGCCUCGCGGCCGGGCCCGGGCUGGAGCGGGGGGCGCGCGCCGCCGCCCAGGAAGAUGGAGCCCACAUCGGUGAGAACCAAAGUGCCCUCCUUCCUUUCCGACCUGGGCAAGGCCACGCUGAGAGGCAUCAGGAAAUGUCCCCGCUGCGGCACUUAUAAUGGCACCCGUGGGCUGAGCUGCAAGAACAAGAACUGCGGCACCGUCUUCCGCUACGGCUCACGCAAGCAGCCCGGGGUCGAUGCUGUUAAGAUCAUCACCGGCUCCGACCUGCAGCUCUACUCGGUGCGUCAGCGGGACCGAGGCCCGGAUUAUCGCUGCUUUGUAGAGCUGGGUGUUUCAGAAACGGCCAUCCAGACGGUGGACGGGACCAUCAUCACGCAGCUCAGCUCCGGCCGCUGCUACGUCCCGGCUUGCCUGAAGGCGGCCACGCAGGGUGUGGUGGAGAAUCAAUGCCAGCACGUCAAACUGGCCUUGAACUGUCAGACCGAGGCCACCCCGCUGACCCUGAAAAGCUCGGUGCUCAACUCCAUGCAGGCCUCUCCCGAAACGAAACAGACUAUUUGGCAGCUGGCCACGGAGCCCACGGGGCCACUGGUGCAGAGGAUCACCAAAAGCGUCCUGGUGGUGAAGUGUAAGGCCAGCCAAAAGCACAGCCUGGGCUACCUGCACGCCUCCUUCGCCCAGAAGAUGAGCACGAAGACGCUGGCGGAGCACAGGUUCUUCUGCUCCUGCCAGACCCUGAAGCCUGGCAAGGCCGCCUCGGCCAAGGAGGAGGCAGCAGCACAGAGGUGCAUUCACUUCUUCGCCUGCAUCUGUGCCUUUGCCAGCGACGAGAGCCUGGCCCAGGAGUUUGCCGACUUCCUCACCCACGACUCAAGCGGUGUGAAGGGGGUCGCCGUCCCUCCGCUGCUGUGCGGCCCCGAGUCCAACCUGCAGGCUGGAGAGGCUGCCAAGGCCAAGAAGAGGAAAAAGGAGUUAACGGGCGGGCCUCUUCUGGCUCAGGACACGGCCGGCCUAAGGAGAAGCAGCCUGAAGAAGCCCACGGUUGCUGCCUCGCUGAAAAGGCAAGGCUGUAACCAACUUCUGGACGAGUCACAAGUUACCCUGUCCUUCCAAGACUGGCUGGCCAGCGUCACUGAGCGCAUCCAUCAGACCAUGCAUUACCAGUUUGAGGGCAAGCCCGAGCCGCUGGUGUUCCACAUCCCACAGGCUUUCUUUGAUGCACUGCAGCAGAGGAUAUCCAGUGGGAGUACAAAGAAGAGGUUGCCCAACUCCACUACAGCGUUUGUCCGCAAAGACGCCCUUCCCCUGGGGACCUUCUCCAAAUACACGUGGCACAUCACCAACAUCCUGCAGGUCAAGCAGAUCUUCGAUACCCCCGAGCAGCUGCCUCUGGAAAUCACACGAAGCUUCAUCCAGAACCGGGACGGCACCUAUGAGCUCUUCAGGUGCCCCAAGGUGGAGGUGGAGAGCAUCGCUGAGACGUACGGGCGCCUGGAGAAGCAGCCGGCCAUCCGCCCGCUGGAGCUCAAGACCUUCCUCAAAGUGGGAAACACCUCUCCCACCCAGAAGGAGCCCACGCCGUUCAUCAUUGAGUGGAUCCCCAACAUCCUACCUCACUCCCACAUCGGAGAGCUGCGCAUCAAGUUUGAGUACGGGCACCAGGGCGGCCGUCAGCCCCCCACCUCCUUCCCCACCCAACAGCCACCAGCACUGGAGCCCACCCUGGAACUGGCUCCACUCACCACCAUCACCUUCCCCUGAGCUCCGGGGCUGCACUCCAGAACUGCCACCACGGCCAGGUCAGCCAGAAAGAGAGAAAGAAACCGAGCACAAAGCUGCUGCCGCACCUGGAAAAAAUAAAAAGUGCUGCUCACCAGG